AUGGCGGCGUGGGGCAGGCGCCUCCCCCCGGCUCCGCCCCGGGCAUUCCCGGGCGGCCUCGACGGCGGGCUUGAGGAGCGGCCGGGAGGCGCAGGCAUGGCGGGGCCGGGGCGGGGGCUGCAGGGCCUGGGCGCCCUCCUGGGGCUGCUGCUGCUGCUGCUGGCCGGAGCCGGGGCUUUGCCGCGCUCGCAGUUGGCGCCCUUCGGGCCGGCGCGGGGGGACCGGGCGCUGCCCGACGGCGACGACGAGAGCUCCGAGGGGAUCCGCCUCGACGGCCCGCCGCUGCCCUUCUACGAGACCCGCUUCGGGCAGCUCUACGUUGGGACCAACGGGAUCAUUUCCACCCAGGACUUCCCCCGAGAGACCCAGUACGUGGACGACGAUUUCCCCACGGACUUCCCGGCCAUUGCUCCUUUCCUGUCGGACAUCGACACCAGCGGGGGGAGAGGGAAAGUCUAUUACCGCCAGGACGCUUCCCGGGAAGUGUUGGAUCAGGCCGCCCGGCUGAUCUGGGCUGGGUUUCCUGAUGCCGUGGGCUUCGUUCCCGACCACACGUUUGUGGCUACUUGGGAAAAUGUGGGCGCGUACGAAGAGGUCACCCGGAAUUCAGAGCCUUCCAAACAGCGCAACACCUUUCAGGCCAUCUUGGCCUACACCGAUGCGGAGGCCUAUGCCGUCUUCCUUUACCCCGACGACGGGCUCCAGUUCUUCGGAACGCGGCCGAAAGAAUCGUACAACGUCAAUCUCGAACUUCCGGCCCGGGUCGGCUUCAGCCGAGGGGACGUCCGGCGGCAGGAAGGCCCCUACCACAGCGCCACCAGCGGCGAGCAGUCGGUCAAAAGCCUCUAUCAGACAAGCAACUCCGGAAUCCCUGGCGUGUGGGUCUUCCAUAUCGGCAGCAGCUCCCAGCUUAAGAACGUGGUUCCAGCAGCCAUGGGCCAGAGACCAUCGCUGUCUUUCGAAGGGCAUCUAUCAAGAACCCCGGAGAGCACCGUUGUCGACCAAAGCAUCCUGGAGGGGGAGUAUCCUGACGCCAUCGAUUAUGCUGAGCCUUUCUACGAUGGAAACGAAAACGACUUUGAGUACUUGCCCAUCGAGCCCACCGAGCCAGCGCCGGAAACAAGGUCCAGCGAUCCGUUAAGCCCUGACGACCGACUCAAUUAUCACGAGCCGAGGCAUUCUGGGGCCAGGCUGGAUUCGGAACUGGAGCCUUCGUUGCCGGACCCGCCACCCAGCCAGCUGCCUCCGUAUCCUGAGCUGGAUUUUUACCCUGAAUUACCAUCCCCGGAAUCUUCUGUAUCAGAAGGAAAUGAUAGGACCCCGUCGUUACCGUUGGUGUCUGAGAGUCCCAUUGAGGCCAUGACUGCCCUGCUGCUCUACCAUCCCGACCUACAGGAUACACCGUCCCCACCGGAAGAAGACGGUGGCAUCCCUUCAGAAACAGAAGACCUUCCUGUCUACCCGGAUGGGGAGGUGAUCCUCGGAAGCUUCCCGGACAGCGCUCCACCUUUUAGCCACCGGAGACGUGUCGUAGGGGUGGAUGAAGACAUCGGUUUUAACCCUGAUGUGUUCACGUACAGCGCGGCCAACGUGGAGACCUGCGAGCGCCACCACAGCCAGUGCUCCCAGCAUGCCUUCUGCACCGACUACAGCACUGGCUUCUGCUGUCACUGCCAGGCCAAGUUCUACGGGAACGGCAGACACUGCUUACCGGAAGGCGCCGCUCAUCGCCUCAACGGCAAAGUGAGCGGGAACCUCCUGGUGGGACAGACGCCCGUGCGGUUCAGCGACGUCGACCUGCACGCCUACAUCGUGGGCAACGAUGGGCGAGCCUACACCGCCAUCAGCCACAUCCCGCAGCCGGCGGCCCGGGCACUGAUGCCACUAGCCCCGAUCGGGGGCCUCUUUGGCUGGCUUUUUGCGCUGGAGAAACCUGGGUAUGAAAACGGCUUCAGUAUCGCCGGUGCUCAGUUCACUCACAAUUUUGAAGCCACGUUCUUCCCGGGAGAGGAAAAAGUUUUUGUCCAGCAGACGGGAGAAGGGCUGGAUGCAGAAAACUACCUCAGCAUUAAGACGGAGAUUCAAGGGCAGCUGCCUCCAAUCCCUGAGGAUUCCGCGGUCCACAUCACGCCUUACAAGGAAAUCUACCACUACUCAGAUUCAGCAGAGUUGGAUUCUGGGCAUCUGCGAGAACUCAACUCCUCCCUUCUGCUCUCCUUAGACAUCAACGAGUGCGCCGAGGGCAUCAGCCGCUGCAGCCGGGAGUCGGUGUGCGUGAACACCCAGGGCAGCUACCGGUGCGAGUGCCCCAUCGGGUUCCAGCUGGCAGCCGACCGAGCCACUUGCCUAGCCAUAGCGCCGCCAUCUGAUCCUUGUGCCCAAGGCACGCACACCUGCGCCGCUGCGGAUCGGGCACGCUGCGUGCACCACGGGGGAGGCUCCUUCAGCUGCGUGUGCCUCCCCGGGUAUGCGGGCAACGGGCACAAUUGCACAGAUGUGGACGAAUGCGCAGAGGGGAAGUGUCACCCGGCAGCUGACUGUUUCAAUUCUCCUGGCUCCUUCUCUUGCCGUUGCCAGGCUGGCUAUGAAGGGGACGGCUUCCAGUGCUCACCAGUGGCCGUGCAGAGAAUGACCCGCUGUGAACACGAGCGACUUUAUGCAAGCCAGCAGGGAUCCCCUCUUCCUGGAGGCCCCCACGUCCCUCAGUGUGACGACCAGGGGAACUACCGGCCACUGCAGUGCCACAGUAGCACCGGGGAGUGCUGGUGCGUCGACAGAGAAGGCCGGGAAGUCACCGGCAGCCGGACACCACCGGGUACCUCCCCGCCACCGUGUGGAGCUCCAGAGCCCACGCCGAGGCCGCAGACCAUGUGCGAACGCUGGCGCCAAAGCCUUCUGGAGCACUACGGCGGCAGCCCCCGUGACGACCAGUACGUGCCCCAGUGCGACGCUCUGGGCAACUUCAGCCCGCUUCAGUGCCACGGGAACAGCGGCUACUGCUGGUGCGUGGACGAGAAGGGCCAUGAGGUCCAAGGCACGAGGUCCGAGCCGGGCAUCCCGCCUCCAUGCUUGCCGAGCGUCGCCCCUCCGACCGUCCGGCCGUCUCCCCGGCCAGACGUCGUCCCUCCUUCCGCUGGGACCUUCCUGCUCUACGCCCAGGGACAGCAGAUCGGCUAUUUGCCCCUGAACGGCACCAGACUCAACAAGGAAGCAGCCAAGACCCUGCUGUCCUUGCAUGGUUCGAUUGUGGUGGGGAUUGACUUCGACUGCCGAGAGAAAAUGCUGUACUGGACGGACGUCGCAGGGAGAACCAUCAGCCGGGCCGGCCUGGAGCAGGGGGCGGAGCCGGAAACCGUCAUUAGCACCGGGCUGAUCAGUCCGGAAGGCCUCACCAUCGACCACCUCCGACGAACCAUGUUUUGGACAGACAGCGGCUUGGACAAAAUCGAGAGCGCCAGGCUGGACGGCUCCGAGCGCCGCGUUCUCUUUGCCACCGACCUCGUCAACCCCCGCGCCAUCGCCGUGGACCCUAUCCGUGGCAAUCUUUACUGGACAGACUGGAAUCGCGAAGCUCCCAAGAUCGAGACGUCCACAGUGACCGGAGAGCACAGGAGGAUUCUGGUCAACAAAGACAUCGGGCUGCCCAACGGCUUAACCUUCGAUCCGUUUUCCAAACUGAUUUGUUGGGCGGAUGCAGGAACCAAGAAGCUGGAGUGCACCCUGCCGGAUGGAACUGGAAGACGCACGAUUCAGAAUAACCUCAACUACCCCUUCAGCCUCGUUGGCUACGCCGAUCACUUCUACCACACAGACUGGAGAAGGGAUGGCGUAAUAGCUGUGAAUAAAGACAACGGUGCUUUCACGGGCGAAUACCUUCCUGAACAACGGACGCACCUCUACGGGAUAACGGCAGUCCACCCGUACUGCCCUGGAGGAAGGAAAUAAGCUAUUGGGGCACGGAGGGAAGACGUUCCCCUUGCGGCCGGUGGAAGAAGAGUCGCGCUUCCUGCUGCCUUUGUACAUAAUGUAAAAGACCCCUCCCCUCUCCACAGCAGGACAGCUGGCGACGCGUCACGGAAGGGAAUCCAGCGGUUUUAACUUAGAGCAAAAAAUUAUCCCAUUAUUUUUUAAGUUAUACCUCAAGAUCUUUACUACUGUAUUUUCUUUUUUUUUUU